AUGGCCUCGACGCCCUCUACCUCCAACCCCCCGUCAACGCCGCCACACGCUCCCGCCCCAAACCCGCGGCGACUUUGGCUCCCACGGCACCGUCUUCCUCACCCUGUCGCGCGCAAUCCGCUCGCUGUCGCACACACAGGACAUGAUGUCUGCGACGGCGCGGGACGCGGCCAGUGCGAAUCCGCUGGGGCGCGCGAUGGCGCGGGUGGCGGCGUGGGCGGGGCAUACGCUGCUCGAGAGUGGCAAGUUUAG